AUUUGUCAAGAGCGAAAAUUCUUUUGAAGACAAAAUUACAAGUUAAUAGGCGAUUGAUGUUUUAUGAAUACCAAAUGGCUUUAAUAGACGAGAGUGCACAGCAAUGUCUUUAUUAUGCGAUGGCGGGUUUUAUGGGAUUUGUUUGUGGUGCCUACUAUCAACAGGAGAUGUCGAUACGUCAGCUCUUCGGCAUGAUCCGAAGCGAUCCUAAUAUUUUUCACCAGCGCCAAAAGCUAUAUCCUAUUUUAUCGACAUUUCGAACCGAUCAUGAGGCGCGACUCUGGAAGCGUUCCACAUGUGUUUCGGAUAAAAUUCGAAAUUGUCUCAUAUUCUCGCUAUAUGAUAGCAUUAGUUCACUGCUUUUCGAUAGGAAGCCACCAGUAUAUACACCUGAUCUCUUGGAUUUAAUAAAAUAUGGAUUGCCCAGCAACGAGAAUCUGUAUGUGCACAAGGAUUACAUUGUAUCGCAGGACCUGCGUACCAAUGCUCCCAAAUGGAUUUGCGAGCAUUUGAGGGGAAACUUUCGCCGAUUAACCACAGACGAUGCCGAGGGGGAUUCACUGCAUCUGCGCUACAAUGAUGUCUUUGUGCUGAGCUGUGGAGGUACACGGCAUUGCAAGGCCUUUCAACGUGAGAUCUGGCGCAAAUUGGAACAACACGUCACCCGAAUGACGGAGAAAUAUGAUUCGGUGUAUGCCUACACCGGUCCAAUGUAUUUGCCCACUCGACGGCCGGGAGAGAAUUGGUCGCUGGAAUAUCAAAUUGUCGACUGGAUACCGUUGCCAAUGCCAUCGCACUUCUUCAAGAUAUUGAUUAUAGAUCCCAAGAUACCGGAUAGUACGCCGUAUAUGGAGGGCUAUAUUAUUGAUAAUAAGAACACUACGACGAGCAGCAGCUGCGAACUGCAGCAUCAUUUGUGUGAUAUCGGGGAAAUUGAGCGGCAUACGGGUCUGCGAUUUUUCGAGGGAAUGCAGUCGGUAGUGCGUUUCGAGAAGGAAAAGUGUAAAGCUGACAGGAUAACGCGAUUUCAGUAUCUAAGUGAAUCUUUUGAUUCGCUGCACGACGCGUCGUUUCCAAACUAAAACUUCAAAUUAAAAGCGCGAGUUAUGUACUCAGAGCUUUCGUUCUCUUCAUUUGACAUCUAACAAGAGAGAGAGAUCACAAGCUCUCUCAAUCACGUACCACACAUAAAAAGCUUUUGAGCUCACUUCUAGAGCAGAUGCGAGCAAGAACGCUACAAGAAAACCAAACUGAAGUCAUAAGAAAAUAAAGUGAAUUAAUAAAAAAAUAAAUAAAACAUAAAUUUUAUUUAAAACAAUAUUAACAUAACACUGUUAACAAAACUGGCGCAGCCGACGGAGUAACCAAAAACAUUAAAAUACCCACUUAAGUGCAGUGUUGAGUGAAUUGGUGCUUGUGCAAAUUACAUACAUACAUACUUACCUUGUGCAAAAGACACAUAACCUGAAAAGGCACGUUUUCUUAAAACAUACCGGCUAACGAAAAGAAAAAGACUCGCAAAAGUGUGUUCAGAAAGAAAGAAAAAAAAAAAAAAAAAAGGAAGAAAAGUAAAGAAAGACUGGCAAAAGUGUGUUCAGAAAGAAAGAAAAAAAAAAAAAAAAGGAAGAAAAGUAAAGAAAAAGACUGGCAAAAGUGUGUACAAAAAGAGAAACAGAAAAGAAAAAGACCAACAAAGUACCUGGAGCAACUUUUUUUUUCUGUGCAGCGUGCCGGCAUUUCGAAACUGUACGUGUAUUUGUAUGUAUAUGUGAUUGUAUGUAUAAAUCAACAAUUGCACACACCAGCAUCUCAGAGCGAACUCAUUCAGUUCAUAAGUGGUUCGAUGACAAGUUCAUAAGAACGUUUGGUAUCGUAUCAUAAGAACGUUUGGUAUCGUAUCAUAAGAACGUUUGGUAUCGUAUCAUAAGAACUUUCGGUAUCGAUAAUCGACGAGAACUAGCAGAACUAAUUCUGUUAGAAUAUUAUAAGUUCCAAAGAACUCAACGGCUAUUCAUUUUGACUACGAACAAUGGCAAACGAUUUUACUUUAUCGUUUGGGGAUAUUCUUAAGGAUGCCCACCACAUUCACGAAUACAGAGGAGACCAUUCAAGAGCUCUAUCAUCAUUCAUUCGUGAAGUGGAGAUGAUAUUUUCUGUAUUACCUCCGACAACUACUGCAGGAGCCUACGUGUUUCACCGUGUCGUACUCAACAAAAUCCAAGGCGGAGCUCUACAUGUUGUGAGAACCAUUGAGAACUCCGAGCCGUCGUGGGAUGACAUCAAGAAGAUUCUUAUUCGGAAUUUUGGCGUAAAGGAGUCCUACAAUCAACUUUACCAAGAAGCGUUUAUGCUAAGUAACAAUAACAAUAUUACAGAGUAUUUUAAGUCUUUAAGAAGUAUAAUGUGUAAAAUUAAUGAAAAAUACGAAUACGAUAACGUAAAGCAUUCUGAAUUUAGUCCCAAAAAUGUUGAAGAAGCUAUGUUAAGAACAUUCUUGAAAAAUAUUGAUGUAAAUUUAGCUUCAGUCAUAAUUAAUAGAAAUGUAAACAAUUUAAGAGAAGCUUUUGAUUUAUUGGAAACUGAAGGUCUUAUUAGAACCCAAAAUGUUAAAACAAAAUUUUCUCAAAGUAAUGCAAAUAAUACAAAUAAUCAAAGAGACCGAUUCAACAAAGUAAAUUAUAAUAAUCAAGAUCAGAAUGCAAACCACAACAAUAAUUCCCAAAAUGUAAAAGCUUAUUCAGGGAACUUUCGAUCAGGAAUACAAAAUUUAAAUUCAAAUCAGAACGGUACAAAUCAACAAAGCCAUAUUUCAAAAAUGGAAAUCGAUCAUGUCGAGGUAGAUAAAACUAACUGUAGCCAAUUUAAAAAUAAUAACGAAGAUCAAAGUAUCACUUCUGAAUCAAUGUCAGAGCCAAAGAACUGCUGUUGCCAUGCAAAUUUUCAUAUAGUUGCCUCGAAAAAUCACUUCCCUUAAUUAACGUAACGAUAAACAAUGAAAUAAUCACAGCCUUGAUUGAUACUGGUUCAACAACUUCCAUAUUAGAUAGAAAUAAAUUAGUACAAUAUCCACGAAGAACUUUGCGGCAUCCAAUAUCAUUUUCAUCUUUGAAUUCAAAAUCGCUAAUAACGCAAGAAAUUAUAACGGAUUUACCUCUUGAAUUCAAAGAAGAUGCAACAAUGAGUUGGAAAUUGGCAACAUUUAAUAACAAAUCGUUCGAUGCUAUAAUAGGUCAGAAUAUUCUCAAGCCAUUAAAUGCUGUUAUUGAUUUUUAUCACAAUACAAUUACAAUUAAUAAUAAUAUUAUCCAAUUUCAAAACAAUUCACCGUACUCUGAUGAGGUAAACCAAAUCGAACCAAUCGAAAUAGAUGAUAAAAUACAAAAAUUUCUUUUCAAUGAUUUAAAUCAAGAGGAAAACGAUGCUUUAACUAAAAUUUUAAGUACAUUUAAAACAUUAAUAUUUCUUGAAGGUCAGUGUCUUAGCAAUACAAACAUUAUCGAGCAUCAGAUAAAAACAGUAGUUGAUAAACCUGUAUAUUGUAAGAUUUAUAGAUAUCCUCAAGUACACGAACAAGAAAUUUAUAAGCAAAUUGAAGAAAUGCUACAUCAAGGAAUAAUACGUAAGAGCAAUUCUCCAUAUAAUGCCCCUCUAUGGCUUGUCCCAAAAAAAGCCGAUAAUAGUGGAACGAAAAAGUGGCGUAUAGUUAUUGACUAUCGCAAAUUGAACGAAAACACAGUAGAUGAUAAGUUUCCUAUCCCUAAUAUAGAAGGUAUAUUGGAUAAGUUAGGAAGAGCUCAAUAUUUUUCUACCAUAGAUCUCGCGAAAGGCUUUCACCAAAUUCUUGUUCAGGAACAAGACAGGGAAAAGACAGCGUUUUCUACUCCUCACGGGCAUUACGAGUUUAAUCGAAUGCCAUUCGGGCUCAAAAACGCUCCUGCCACAUUUCAACGCCUCAUAAACACAGUCUUAAAAGAAGAAAUAAAUAGAAUUUGUGUAGUCUAUCUUGACGACGUUCUUAUUUUUUCUACUAGUUUAUCAGAACAUGUUGGCCACAUUCGUACAAUUUUUAAAAAACUCUCUGAAGCAAAUCUUAAGAUUCAAAUCAACAAAUGCAAAUUCUUUUCAAAAGAAACUCAGUUUUUAGGUCAUGUUUUAACCCCCGAAGGAGUUAGGCCUAACCCAGAAAAAGUUAACAGCAUUCUUCAGAUUAAAAUUCCAAGAAAUAUUAAGCAAAUUAGAGCUUUCCUAGGAAUCACAGGGUACUAUAGAAAGUUUAUAAAGGAUUUCUCUCAAGUAGCUUAUCCAUUAAUUAAAUGCCUUAAAAAAGAUGCCAAGAUAGAUGUUAACGAACCCAACUUCAUAAUUGCAUUUGAAAAAUUAAAAAGAAUCAUAACUGAGGCACCGGUACUUAAAUAUCCAGAUUUCAAAAAGAAAUUUCAGCUUAUUACUGAUGCUAGUAAUAUUGCUUUAGGUGCGGUUCUGCAACAAGAUAAUCAUCCAAUUUGUUACGCAAGCCGUACAUUGAAUGAUCAUGAGAAAAACUAUUCUUCCAUACAAAAGGAACUACUAGCUAUCGUAUGGGCAACAGCUUAUUUCCGCCCAUAUCUCUAUGGAGUUAAAUUCGAUAUUUUGUCCGAUCACCAACCACUUAAGUGGCUGCUAAUUAAGUAUAACGGAAAAGAACUAAAUGAAAUACUUUAUAGAUGGCUUGUUAGGCUCAGUGAAUUUAAUAUAAACGUAUCGUACAUAAAAGGAAAAGAUAACCGGGUAGCUGAUUUUUUAAGUCGAAUAAGUAACGAUGAAAUUUGUGCCGUAAAUACAGCUGAAUCCUGUAGCUCUUUAGAAAACAAUGUUGAUGAAAUCGGUACACAACAUACACAAGCUGAAGACUUUGUGGACACAACUAUUUUAGGUAAUUUAGAAACAGUUGUUAAUAGGUUUAAGAUACAAAUCAUUCUGACAGAUAAAAAAACAGUUGAAUUUGAAUAUAAGAAUAAAAAUAAGAAAAUUUAUUUAAGUUUAAAUGAUCUCGAUAAUAAAAUGGAAGAAAUUUUGAAGCAUCACAUCAUAAAAGGCAAAGUAGGAAUAUUCAGUGAAUAUAACGAUCAUCAGUACAAUAAAUUUCAAAACAAAAUUAUCCAAAUUUUUGAAGGUAAUAAAAAUGUAAAAUUUGUAAAAUGCUCAUUUCACGCAAAAGACAUUGAAAACGAAGAAGAAGUGUAUAAAGAAAUUGAACGAUUCCAUAAAUAUGAUACUGGUCAUUCAGGUAUAAAUGAAAACUACCAAAGCUUAAAAAAGAUUAUUUAUUUUCCAAAACUUCAACAUUACAUCCAAAAGUAUAUUAACAAUUGUGAUAUUUGUAAUCAAUGUAAAUAUGAUAGGAACCCGGUAAAAGAAAAAUUUAAGUAUACAGAAACACCAAACGAUAUAAAAAAAAUUGUUCAUAUGGAUAUCUAUACAAACUCAAAGUGUAAUUUUCUAACUUUCAUUGAUCGAUUUUCAAAAUUUGCUACUGCUUUCUACCUUGAGGAUCGCAACAAUCAAACAAUAAUCGAAAAAAUUCGUUUGUACAAAUCCCAAAGAGGAAACUUUGAAAAAUUAGUAACGGAUAAUGAAUUUAAUAGUGUAAAUAUAAAAGAAUAUUUAAGAAAUGAAAAUAUAGAAGUUCAUUUUGUAAAACCGAACAGUCACACUGGCAAUGCAGACGUUGAAAGAUUCCACAAUACUUUAACAGAAAAGAUAAGAAUAAUAUACCUUGAAAACAAAGAUCUCUCAAUCAAAGAUAAAGUUAGUAAAGCUAUAGAAUAUUAUAAUAACAGUUAUCACUCAACAAUACAAAACACGCCAAUGAAUAUUGAAUAUGGAAAUUGUGACAAAAAAAUUAUACGUGAUAACAUUCUAAAAUAUAAGGAAAAUUACAUUACAUCGUUAAAUCAAACCAGAGAAAAUUUUGAAGAAACAAGAAAUGAAGGAUAUAUAAAAAACUAUAAAUCGUUAAGACACAAAAAUGAACCUAAAUAUAGAAAAUUUAAUUUAAACAAUGUACAUAGCUCCAACAUAAAAAGAAAGAAGAAAUAUCAGACUUCAAAUGUAACGUAAUCUAAUUUAAGUCCUAACAAUUAAGUAUAUUUUCUUUUGUAAAACUCAGGAGAGUCUUAACUUAAGCGAUGGGAAGUUAUGUACUCAGAGCUUUCGUUCUCUUCAUUUGACAUCUAACAAGAGAGAGAGAUCACAAGCUCUCUCAAUCACGUACCACACAUAAAAAGCUUUUGAGCUCACUUCUAGAGCAGAUGCGAGCAAGAACGCUACAAGAAAACCAAACUGAAGUCAUAAGAAAAUAAAGUGAAUUAAUAAAAAAAUAAAUAAAACAUAAAUUUUAUUUAAAACAAUAUUAACAUAACACUGUUAACAAAACUCGCGCGCUGUUAUUACUGUGCGCUGCUUAACAGUGUACGUAAUGUUAAUUCAGCUGUAGGGCUCGAUAGAAUAUCGAUAUAUUGAUAAUAAAUUUCAUACGAGUGAACUUUUCUUUUAAAUAAUCGUAUUAAUAAAUUGUUUUAAUAUAUGUAA